UGAUACGUGUACUAACCGAUUUAAAGGUGUGAAAGGAUUUAUAGUAUGCACGAUGUCGAUUAUACGGAAUUAUUCGCGAUGAAUGAUUGAAUGCGCGAUUAAGACGAAUUAGUAUUGCAAGUAGCAUGGGAUCACAAAUCUCUUGUCCCGCGAUGAACAACUACCUUAGAAGCCUGCUAAGGAGGCUGCGAAAAAAUCCCGCCUCAGAAAAGAAUAUUGUUCUACUUAUUAUAGGACUGGAUAAUGCUGGGAAGUCUACAAUACUGAAUCACAUUAGUGGUGAUUCAGAUCAGAAUGUAUUGCCUACAAUAGGAUUUCGAAUGGUAUCCUUAAAGCAUAAGUCAUAUUCUGUGAAGAUAUAUGAUCUUGGAGGUAGCUCCCAGAUUAGAGCAUUAUGGCCUAAAUAUUACAAUGAUAUACAUGGUCUUAUAUACGUGGUGGAUGCUAGCGAUAUUUCCCGUCUUGCAGAGAAUAAAGUUGUAUUUAAUGAAUUAAUCACACACGAGCAUAUUUCGGCGAAACCAAUAUUGUUACUCGCCAACAAACAAGAUCUGAAUGGAGCUAUCGAUGAGCUGGAUGUUGUUGAAAAUCUUGAUGUAGAGCAUGCAGCCAAUGCUAUGAGAUGUCCAACAAGAGUAGAAACAUGUUCGUGCAUUUAUGACAAAGAGCAAUCCAAGAGUAGCAUUAUGGGCAUAAAGGACGGAUACAAAUGGCUGUUAGAUAUUAUCGUAAAGAAUUACGCUGUUCUGAACAGUAGGGUCAAACAGUUGCAGAGCUAUCAACAUAAAAGCAUUCAACGGGCACAAUCAAAUACACCAUCGAGAAUAUCUAUACACUCUAAUCCAUUUAAACCUAUUAAAGAUCUUUUGGCGGCAAAGGAUGAAGUUUUAAUAAGUGAAUCCUGCAAUGGUACCAAUGAAGGGAGAAGCAUUAUGAAAGUUUUCGCACGAAAAAAUAAGACUGCUCCUCUUCCAAUUGAACAAUCGACUAUCGAAUGUGAAAGUCUUUCACAAAAUCUUACGUCUAAUGUAGAAAUUCUCGCUGGAGAGAAAAGUACACAAACUAUGACUAUGACUACAAUAUUAGAUCCAUCGAAUUUAAGUAUCAAUCAUAAUGAAAGUUAUGCAAGUACAAAACUAAUCCGUCCAUAUACAGCGCCAGAAACAUCACAACGAUUAUCAAAUGAUACAACGGUAAUUAACAUUCCUGGUCAAGUGCUUCAAUAGCAGCAUCUGUAAAUUUUGUACUUCAGUAACUAAUUAUAAGUUAAAGAAAUCUAUACGUAUAUAUAACGUCGUUAUGAAUGAAAAACUGUAAAUGACUGUAAAAAUAAGUUGCAUUAA